UACUCGGACUGUUUUUGAGGAUGCACCAGCGCUCCUUGAACUUUCUCACACUUAUGUCUCCGUCCUACUGUUUUUUUUUAUUUUUUAUUUUACUUUAAUUUAACCUCAUAAACAUGCCGAUUCUCCCGUCCUCGCUUCGUUUGGGCCGAACCGAGUCGUGUAGGUGGCUGUCACGGCUCCAGAAUUCACAAAUGUGCGCUAAAAUGCGGGCCUUUUCACACUUUGGCGCUUCUGCUGCUGACAUUACGCAAAGGAAACAAUGCACAAAUAAUAAUAAUAAAGUUUCUACACGGUUUUAUUCGAAGAGUUCCGAAAAGAAAACGGUGCGGAUCGGAUGCGCUUCGGGGUUUUGGGGAGACACGGCCACAUCAGUACCUCAGCUGGUCUAUGGAGGGAACUUGGACUUCUUGGUGUUUGACUACCUCAGUGAGAUCACCAUGUCACUGCUGACUGCUGCCAAGACCAAGGCUCCGAACAUGGGAUACACUCCAGACUUUGUUCAAGUCGCUCUCGCUCCAUUCAUCAAUGAUAUUCACAAAAAAGGGAUCCGUGUUGUGAGUAAUGCUGGAGGAGUGAACCCGCUCGCGUGCGCCCAGGCCAUUCAGGAAGUGGUGAAGAAGGCAGGGCUUGAAAUGAAGAUCGCUGUGGUGACAGGAGAUGACCUCAUGCCCCACAAGAACAGUCUGACUGAAGUUAAAAUGGCCGACGGCAGCGGUCCGCGCUCCCUCCCUUUGACCCUCCACAGCAUGAAUGCCUAUCUCGGAGCGGGUCCAAUCCGGCGCUGUCUGGACUUGGGGGCGGACAUUGUGGUGACCGGUCGCUGUGUGGACAGUGCAGUGGCUUUGGGACCUUUAAUGCACUCUUUUGGAUGGGAGGCAGAUCAGUAUGACCUCCUCGCUGCUGGAAGUUUGGCGGGUCACCUGAUUGAGUGUGGAGCUCAGAGCACCGGAGGGAUCUUCACCGAUUGGCACAAAGUCAAGGACUGGGAUAAUAUGGGGUUCCCGAUUGUGGAGUGUGGUGCAGAUGGGUCUACAGUCCUGUCCAAACCUAAAGGGACCGGGGGCCUGGUCUCGUUUGGGACCGUGGCCGAACAACUGGUCUACGAAAUCCAAGACCCAAGAAGAUACCUGCUCCCAGACGUCAUUUGUGACUUCAGCGGGGUCAGCAUACGGGAGGUACCAGGUGCAGAAGGUGGAGCUGUCAGAGUCACUGGGGCCAAAGGACUUGCCCCCUCUCCAUAUUACAAGGUGUGUGCGACGUAUAUGGAUGGUUUCAGAGCCACUGCGGUCUGUCCAGUAGGGGGCCCCAGAGCACCGGAGAAGGCCCGAAGAACUGCAGAGAGCAUCAUUAAAAGGACAAAGCGUAUUUUUAAACAGCUGGGUUUGGAAGACUACAGCGCUGUAAACAUCCAGGUGCUCGGAGCAGAAGACACCUACGGCCUCAACGCCAAAUUUAAGGGGUCCAGGGAGGUGGUGCUCUGGAUGGCCGUUAAGCACAAACAGAAGAAAGCGCUUGAACUGUUUGCAAGAGAAGUGGCUCCAGCAGGAACCGGCAUGGCUCCUGGUCUGACUGGAAUUGUUGGUGGGCGUCCUCGCGUGUCUCCAGUGUUAAAGCCAUUUUUCUUUUUACAUCCCAAAUCUGAACUGAAGGUGGACAUUCACGUGGACUCUGAUUUGGUGGAGUCUCUGUCAGAGGCAGGGCCAGAGUCACAUGACCAGGAAGUGCCAUUAACAUCUUCAGAAGAACAACAUGACACAGAUUUGCCAAGUGGACCUCACAGUUACCGCCUGGAGGAGUUGGCUUACACCCGCAGUGGAGACAAAGGAGAUUCUGCAAAUAUCGGAGUAAUCUCUCGACAUCCUCUGUUCUUCCCGUAUCUGAAGAAACACCUGACCUCAGCUGUUGUAGAGGAGUACUUCAAGCACAUCUUUGAACCAGGACAAGACAAUCCUGUCACACGCUACACUCUUCCUGGUGUCUUUGGUCUGAAUUUCGUGCUGAACAGGUGUUUGGGAGGAGGGGGCGUGGCCUCUCUACGCAGCGACCCACAGGGGAAGGCUUUGGGUCAGAUGCUGCUGGACCUGAAGCUUCGUGGUUUACCUGAUCUCAGAUCUCUGGUGGACGAUGACGACUAAAACUCAAGACUAAAACUCAACUCAACCACCAUUGUACACGUCGCCCCGGUAACAUUUAAAGAAGACAUAUUAUGCAAAAUCUUCUUUUCGUAAGCUUUUAACCAUGUUAUAAUGGUUUCCCUAAUUUUUAGCACACUCAAAGUUGUAUUUUGGUGUUAAUUGAAUCUUGUAUUGUCCUGAAUUUGACACUUGAAAAAAUGCUUGGAAAAUUUCUAUUUUCACCUAACCACUAUCUCCAAAAAUGUCACACGGGCAUUUUUCAAAAUAUAAACAUUGGAAAUUAAAAUCUGCUGCUUGCUACAGUGAAAUGCCACUAUGAAGAGGUUCUGCAAUUUUGAACUGGAAAUCAUUGGGCCUGUUUCUGUUAUUAAAGAUGUUGUAAUUGAUUCGUAAAAAAGUGAAAAACAGAACUAAUUAAUUUUAGAUAUUUUGCGGAGGUCCAAAGUUAUUCCUCACUUACCUUAUACAUUUCCAACAUCCUAAUUAUUCACCACAAUGAGUUUAUAAGUGCUUUCCACAUUUUUCAGAGACCAGAGCAGAGUUUUACUCUCAAAAACAAUGUACACAUGUCUAAUAUCCACAUGUGUUGAUUUUCAGACAUUAGCUUUAGAACAGCUUUUUUAGAGUGCAAAGGGAAACUGGUGUGGACCACCCAAGCUCAGCCAAUCAGAGAGCUGCUGUUUGCAGCUCUAAUCUCCAGGUUUACAAAAGACAAAAUAGUUAAUUAUGAGUUGCAGCCAGCGCUGCUUUUACAAUUUACUCUAUGGGGGAAAUUUACAAAAAUAAAGUCUGUACUCCAGCUUAUAGGUGCAGUGUAACUUUUUGAAGGUGGUACAUCACCAUCCAUGGAAAUAGAAUGUAUGGUAAAAAACAUACUUUGGAACAUUCUCUAUAGAGACACAUAAGUUUUAUGCCAUUCUGUGGGUGAUUAUAGCCAAAGGAACAACAUUUCCAUGGAAACAAGCAGGAGAAGCCCCCCUCAAAGUCAGGCUUGUGGAGAUGCAAGACCACUCAGAAUAAGGACACAUUUCUAUAGAGAUUUUUUAUUUUUUUUUCCAGUGCAAUAGGAACAGGCUUUCAGUGUUGUCUAUUUUUGACUAAAAAGUUACAUACUAUGGCUUUAUCUUAUAAAUUCUAGCAUUUUGUCAAUGCAACUUGCGUAAUCGAACUCACAAAAUGGUUUUAAGUGCUCUUUUGUUUAAUAAUAAUGCAUUUAAAGUACUGCAUAUCUUCUGUUUCAUAAUCAUGUUCAAUGUUAUAGUAACUGUACUGAUAAUUAUGACUUUUCUUUUUGUGUUCAUUUCAAAUGUUGAUAAUAUUCAUUCGUAAUAUUCCACAAUUCUGUGCUAACCUGUCAUCUAAAUCUAAUGUUAAAUACUUAACUAAACAAGAACUGUAGCCAAUUUAUGCUAUUAUUGUGUCUUUGGGUUAGACACCUCAGCCAGAUAUUUGCCACGGAAAAUGUGCCAGAUGCCCUCCCACCCUCCUAUGUCAGAUGCCCAUUGUAUUUCGUCUAUAAUAAAGUCUAUGAAAAAGGCUGCAAUAAAGGAGAUUAACUUCAUGUAUCAAUUAAACAUACCUGUAGUGUAAUUUUUACAAGUGCACUGUGUAACGUUUCUGGUGGAAGGUCUGCCUCUUGCUUGCCUCCCUGGAAUAUUCCACAAUAUGGCAUUAAACUUGUGCAUCUUGCAUUUGUUCAGUAAAUUUAGUUUUAUUGAGCAGAAAUACAUUAAAAAACAUUCAUGCCUCUUCACAGACCUGACCAGUAACUUGGCUUGGUGACGUCACCUUUCCAUAGACAGAUAUGUUUAAUGCCAUAUUGUGUAACAUUCUAGGGAAAGACAUCUCCAUGGAGACAAAACUGUUCAAUCACUUUUUUGCUACACCUUGGAUCAUUUGUUCCUUGGGAGAAAGUUGGUCUGUUUUUUAUUAGGACUGAGAGGGCAAAGGUCAGGAGAAACAGGAAGUAUUUGGGUUUCAGGUGUUGAGAGAAAGGUCUUAAGUUCUGGUUUAAUUCUGGUCCAUCCUGUCUUAGUCCUGGUUUAGUCCUAGUUUUAGUCAUUAUAAUCUGAUUUCUGGAAGUUUAAGAUGAUUUAAAUGGCAUUUAAACUACAAAAUCUGUAAUCAAACUGACCAUGAUCAGAAAGAGAUUAGAUCAUUUGGCUGGUUAAGUGUCAGAAUUGCUAUAGGUAUAUAUAAACCCACUCAACUCUGUUCUUUUUUGUAAUAAAUGAAAACCCAAAUAAAUAUUGUUGGUGCUAUCCAAUGCAUUUCACAAUAUAUGCCUUAUUUCACACAAUUGAAUCAUUCUCAUUGUUUAUGAUUGAACUAACUGUAAAGAAACUAUGUUAAAUAAAUAUGAUUUUUUAAACACUAA